AUGGCUGCUGUUUAUGCGAAAGACCUCUCUCGCAUUCCGCCAAAUAAGGUUGAAGCGGAGAAGAGGAUUAAUGAUAUAACCUCUUCGGAAUAUAAGGAUGUACAUAAUGUUGCUCAGAAGACAAAUGCUACAAUUGAGAUCCUUGAUACAUGUAGCGACCGAAGGCGUAAGGAAUUAAUUGCACAGCUACUGUAUGCAAAAGGCUCCACAUCCGAGUCCUUUCAUAAGGAUGGCAAAUUAGGAGCCAGCCUCUUUUUCAAACGAGGCGAGGCUGAUCGGGGUAGUGUGGCCUUUCUCUUAGAAAAGAUUCCGUUGUUGAUAACACACAUUGAAUUAGCAACUGAUGCAGAUCUCAAUUUAUUUAACAAGGCCAUGGGAGAGCAAUUUGAGAAGCUUAUCUGUCAACCUCUGUCACAGAUUCCGCAUCAACUCCCCACGGUCUCUCAACUUAUCGUGAUUGAUGCUUUAGAUGAAUGUGUGCAGGACGGAGACACUUUGCUUCGGCUUUUAUCAGAAAAGAGAGAGCAGCAAAUCCGAUCUGGAUUCAAGGAUGUGCCGGAGGAAGUGCUCAACCAUAUGGAGCUUCAUGAGAUAGCGCAAAGUAUUAUCAGACGCGACAUUAACACUUUCCUAGAAUACCGGUUUGCGCAAGUCCAGGAGAAAUAUGCAAAAGAUGGCCGGCCACUUCCAUCUGGUUGGCCUGGCUAA